AGGCAUGCUGAACAGAGAACAGGAAAUCGGAGUAACAAAAUACUUGCGAAUAAAAAAACGUCAAACCCCGACAACUCCCGCCAUUUCCCCUCUCCAUCGACUAGCUUCACACCACUCUUCCUCUCUCUAAAAAAGCACAUAAACAGACGCGCCACCCGCAAUCGUCCACCACUCCUCCAAUUGAUGCUCAGGCUCCGUCCAUGCGUCUCUAUACGCUCCAUUUACUCCACGCGCCACUCCAAGCUUCUCUCUCCUCUGAUUCCCUCUCGCUUCUUCUCUAAAUCCCCAUCAUUUCUAAAAACCCACACUCUCACUCUAAACCCUAAUUCCAAGAUGUCCUCCUCUCGCCCCUCCGCCUUCGAUGCUCUCAUGUCUAGCGCACGUGCCGCCGCCUCCGCUAAGAAAAGAACCCAACCCCAACCCCAACCCCAAUCAAAAUCCAGCUCCCCCAAAAAACGCAAAACCCUAGACCAUCCUCAGAACCCCGAUAAAACGCUCAAUUCCGUGCAAAAUCCCCAAACUGAUGAAUCUAAAAAGCUAACCAACACUCCAGAUUCAUCGAAUGAGCCUAAAUCAGAACCAAAUUCUAGGUCUGAUAGCCUAUUAAAAGUCAAUGAAUCGAAUAAACUGAGAGUUGAGGAUAAAAAUACGGAGUUGAAGAGCAAGAUUGUGUUGUUAAAGAAGAAAGCCGGGGAUUUUAAGCCGGAGAUGGUGGCUAAUUGGGAGAAAGGAGAGAGGGUUCCGUUUAUAUUUGUUUCUUUGGCUUUUGAUUUGAUAGCGAACGAGACAGGGAGGAUUGUGAUUACUGAUAUUGUUUGUAAUAUGUUGAGGACUGUAAUGGAUACUACUCCGGAGGAUUUGGUGGCUGUGGUUUAUUUGUUAGCUAAUAAGGUUGCCCCUGCGCACGAGGGAGUGGAACUUGGGAUUGGGGAAGCUUUGAUUAUUAAGGCGCUGGCGGAGGCGUGUGGGAGGAAAGAGAAGGAGGUUAAGAAGCAGUAUAAGGACUUGGGAGAUUUGGGCCUUGUUGCAAAAGCAAGUCGGUCAUCCCAAUCUAUGAUGCGCAAGCCUGAUCCAUUAACAAUUACUAAAGUUUUCAACACAUUUCAACAGAUUGCUAAGGAAUCUGGGAAGGAUAGUCAAGACAAGAAAAAGAACCAUAUCAAGGCACUUCUUGUGGCAGCCACAGACUGCGAGCCUCAGUAUCUAAUUCGUCUGCUUCAGACAAA